AUGAGUGUGCCGCGGGAGAAACGGUUCCGGUGGCUGACCGUUAAGGAACGCGUCGCACACGCCUACCACGAUUAUGGGAGGUUUAAAAUUCGAAAAUGGGAAUGAUUUUUUAAACCUUUUUACGUAAAGGGAAAGCUCCAGGGCGAAUUCUAAGUGACCCUUCAAGGGCUUGAGACGUUUAUAUAGUCCAUUCCGAGUCAAUUUGUCACGAUUUUGAUUUUCCUCCGAGCUACAGAACCCUUCCCUUCGAUGCGUGCGGCCUUUCUCUGUAUAUGCGCCUUUAAAUUGGCCUAAAAAUCUGUUAGGUUGAAGGCGCAUACGUGGAGACAGACCGCGCGCAUCGAAGGUGAGCUUCCCGGAGGAAAAUGAAAAUCGGGACAAGCUGGCGCGGAUUGGGCUAUAAAUGAUUUUUAGUCCUGAAAAAACAGUUCGAAAAAAAAAUUGGAAGUUAAACGGAAUUUUGAGAUCAUUAGAAAUAAAAAUAAGGUACGAUUAUAUGAUAUUUAUCAAAAUAAUCGAAGAAAAAUUGAGGAAUUUCACUAAAAAAAUUAUUUUGAACGGACCCUGGCUUUGAAAAAAAUAUUAUAAAAAGUGAAAUUUUGAACUGAUUUCAACGUUUUUUUACGAACUCAAAAGAUACGUUAAAAAUCUGUUCAAAAAGAAAUUUUUUUAAAUUGAUAUAAUUUUUUACAAAGAGCAUUUUUUCCAAAAGAAAAAAAUUAGCCUCCUUUUUUUGUUCAUUUUGAUUUCAGCCAAUUUUUUGAGAAGGGUUCUUUUUCGGAGUUUUCACCAAAAUUUCCUGUUUUUUUCAAUGUUAUUGAAUUUUUAGAAAUGUCAACUUUGAAUAAUUUGAAAAAAAAAAUAACAUUUCAAUAAAAGCUGUUCUUUUUUUUCACAGAUUACACGUUUUUAGAGGACUUAUAAAUUUCCUCGUCGGAAUUUAUGAAAAAUAUCUGUUUUUCAAGUGAAUUUCAUAAACUUUUUUUAUUUUUUUUCCACUUUUAAUUCUCUUUUUAUUCGUAAAAUGGUCAAAGACUUUAGAUCGGAAAUUCUAGCUUCUCUUGUCGGGAUUUACUAAAAAAAUUCAUUUUUUCAUUCGCAAUGGUUUUUCAUUAUUUUUUUCUAACUAGUAUUUUGUUUGAAGAUUAUGCGCGGCUCAUCCAUUCGCCUGCUUGACGAUGUCGAUCAUCACAAUGGCCAUGUUAUCAUAUCCAACUCUAACGCGGCUACAAUUGCCCGUAAAUCGUCCCUUGGACGUGUUUUGGAGCGAGAAUAUAUAUGAUAAAGGUGAGACACUGUCAGUUUUUUUUUUGCCGGUUCACAAAGUUUUUCUGGGAAUUAUAAAGGCGCAUAGAUAAAUUCCUAUGAAAAAUCUCAAACAAAAAAAUUUUUUUCCCGUGUUGUUUCAGGUUAGGGAAAAUGUCCCGCGCCUUUAAAUUUUUAUCGAAGCUUUUUCGAUUGCAAUAUUCUUAAGAUGAUUGUCAUGAAAUUUUUAAAGGCGCAGGGCGUAAGAAUUGAAAAAGUUUUGAUGAAACUAUAUUCAGAACUGUAUGACAAGAACACAAAAAUUCAAAAAAUAUACACAUUUUUUUGAGUAAUUUUAAGGCGCAUGAGUUAAAUUCGAUAAAAACACUCCUUUUUCAGUUUUUUGGAAGUAAUUCACGAUUUCUGUGCCUUUAAAAGUUCAGUGAAGCUAUUUUCAAAUGAACUGUAGUCACAAAACUGCUCCUAGUAAUGUUUGAAAGCGCAGCGUGAAGCCAAAAAAGAUUACUUGUGCUCCAGAAAGCUUGAAAAAUUUUCAAAUAAAAUAGAAAAUACAGUUUUCGAAUGUCGUUAUGUGCAACGAACUGCGAGAAGAAGGCUAUGAAAAAAAUUGAAGAUUAUUGCGUAAAAUUUAUUUCAAUAACUUUAAAGAUAGGCAGUAAGGUUUUGUAAGAAUUCGUACAAGAAUAAAUUUCAAAAAUUUUUUUCUUAAAAUGAAUUUCUCAGGAGGUUCAACGCCUCCAUGGCUCAGUUCUCCACCAGCCGCUUUUCUACAGCAAAUUAUCGUUCGGGCGACUGUUGAACCCUGGAUUUCUGCAAACAUGACCUCGGAGAAGGUAUCAAAUUGUUCAAAAGUAUAAAAAAACAGUAUUCGAUCAAAUUUUGGUAAUAGGAGUAAGGUUCAAAGUUUUUAGGAUUUUUAUAUUGACGCCUAGAAAAGUUCUCUAGUCAAAGUGUCCCAUUCUGCGCAAAGUUUUUACGAUUUUUGGUUUCCCUCGAGCUACAGAACCCUUUUCUUCGAUCUGUGUAUGCGCCUUUAAAAUUAAGGAAAUUUCAGGCACUUAAAGUUUAAAGGCGCAUAGCUUACUUUAGCCUGAAAUUUCCUUAAUUUUAAAGGCGCAUACAUAGGGCACGGCAUUCCUAAUGGGGUGAGGGAAGCGUCAAAGUUUCUGAAUUUACAAAAAAAGCAAAUGCGCGCUCCGGAUAAAAUGACGUCAUUCUAUGUCAUAAGUUGCACUGAGUAUUCAACGUUAAUAACUUUUUUGUUCGAUUGCCUUUGACUGCGUACUUGAGGUUUGAGUUUUAGCGCGGAUAUUUUUUUGACGUCUGGCCACCCCGUGUAGGGAAGGUUUCUAAGCUUGGAGGAUACUAAAAAAUCGUGACAAGCUGGCGCAAAGCGAACGAAAAAAGGGUCCUGACACGAUAAUAAAAGAGAUAGCGUCUGGUUGGUGGAGAGCGCAGACACGCCACGCCCUCUCGUCCCAAGUGAGCCGUGAAUCAGCAUAUAGUCCUUCCGCCGCGACUUGAAAGUUUUCGAGUGUCUGCGUCUCUUUGUUCCCUCACCGACGAGGUCAGAGAAGCAUGAAAAUAGCACUCCAUCCUGAGAAGGUAGCCGAGAGACGAGGAGGGCGCAGAGAAGUCAUUCAAACCGCGAAAAACGGACUCAAUUUCCAGGCAGUCCGCGGCUCACUCUCAACGGCUUUCCGAAUACGAGAAGCUGUCUUAUCCGAGCCGGGACUGGACGAAUCUUGUCUUCAUUUCUCGUCUCCUGCGUCUCCGUCGUUCUUCAUGCCUUCUGGAGGAUGCCUCGUCAUCUCCCCGGCCUCUUUUUGGCUCAACAACCCUCAGAAAUUGAUGGAGGUUGAAAACCAACUUCUGGAAAAAUAAGGCAGUUCCUUUUAAGGACGAAGAUGUUCUGAGAACCAUUUUCGCUACCAACUGCAAUCCGUCUUUUUGCAUCCGAGACGUCCUUCUUGGCGCUCCGACCCAGCAGACGGGAAUCAAGAAGCGUUUCGAAACGAAUCGGAAGCGAAGUGAGGAGAAAAAGAGAGUGAGAGAUUAGCGGUGGCUUGAAGAGACGUCAGAGAAGUGAGCAUUUUUCUCCGGCGUCUCUUCAGAAAGUAUGAUCUCUCGUUCCUAUUCAUUUUUGUAUAUUGAAGCAGGCGUAAAAUUCUCAUUUCACGGCAAAAAAAAACUAUGAUAGGAUGAGAUCAGCUGCAGCCUGAAGAGACGUCAGAGAAGCGAGAGACUAUUUUUCUCCGGCGUCUCUUUCGAAAGUAUGAUCUCUCGUUCCUAUUCAUUUUUGUAUAUUGAAGCAGGUGUAAAAUUAUCAUUUCUCGACAAAAAAAAAAUAUAAAAAGAUGAGAUCAGCUGCAUCCUGAAGGGACGCCAGAGAAGUCAAUACUCUCUCUUUCUCUGGCGUCUCUUCAGGCGAUAUCUUUUUUCUAUCCUGCCAUGCAGAGUUUUUUCUUUAGCUUCCUAAAUAAUCAAAUGAAAUAUUUACACGUUCUUAGGAAUGCCAAAGUAAUCCCUAGAGGGGCAAAAUCUUGGAGGCGUUCGAGUGUUCUCCUCUAGAGACCACCUUAACUCCCCACACCUGAGAUUGCAAAAAGGAUCACUUUAGGGGUUCAAGUUAGUUGCCACUCUAGGGGUGUAUUCUAGUGGUCUCUAUACGUCUUUUCAAACUUCAGAUGAGAAAAAAGACCACUAUAGGGACCAGUUAAGCUUUAAGGGCUGUCCGACCCGAAUCUCCUAUAGAGACUACCAAAAUUUUAACCCCUCUAGGAAUCACUAUGGCAUUCUAAAAUCCGUUCCAACUUCUUUUUUUUUAGCAAUCGAAUACGCGUUGACUGUAUUUUUUGCCCGAUUCAACCCGAAGCUGUUGAAAUCGCUUCGCGAGAACCUCGGAAAUAGUUUUGAACUCGUGGUUUUUACUUCUAUAGGAUUUUUCUGAUUAUAAGUUUCUCAGAAGUCAGCUGGGAAAGAUGAGAAUGUCUUCGUUCACCUCUACUACUGGCCACUGAAGAAAUUCUCGGAUUAUACUCCUCUCAUUGCAACUUAUAUGCUCUUUAUGGUGGGUUGGAGAUGGAGAAAAGGGAAAUUUGAAUCUGAAAAAGCUCCGACCUCCUUUCAGGUCUACCUGUACUUUUCGGCGAGAAAGUUCGAGAUGGUGGCGUCACGAUGGGGACUCGCCUUCGCGGCGGCAUUCACCGUUGCGGCGACUCUCGUCAUGACGACUGGAAUCUGUGCCCACCUUGAUCUGAGCACGACCUUGUGGGGAGCCGAGCUCUACCCUUACAUUGCUCUGAUUCUGGGACUCGAGAAUAUCCUCUGCGUUACGAGGUGGGUUGGAGGCGUCGUUUGAAGGUCGCUAGAGAGUUUUUUAUCUUUCCCUCUUUAGUUCUUUUUCAAACUGCCAAAGUGGCUCCUUAAGAGGCAACCGUAGGGAUACUUAAAAAAGGCUACUCUCUUGAGACUACCUUACCUUUCCCUAAAGGGGCAAUAGAGCUUGUGAAAGUGGCACCUACAGGGGACAUGCUAGUCGAUUAUUUUCAUGAAAUCUAUGGGAAAAAGCUCGAAACCGUGAACCUCCAUCGAGACCGUAAACUACUAUAAGGACCACCUAAAUUCCAACCCUCCAGGGAGCACUAUUUCGUCCCCUAUAUAAGCAGUUUCUUCCCCUAACCCUUCUAGGGACCACUCUGGCGUUCCCAAGAGAUCACUUUGAUGUGCUGGAUAAAUAUUUUCGAAAAAAUUACCUUGUAAGGAGGUGAGUUGUCAUGAAAAGCUUGACUCACUGAAGCUCAUCAAUAAAUUAUUUUUUCGCGAAAAAUGACAGAAAAUAGAGUUUUAAUGAGCUGGAGUGGAGGUUUUGAGAUGUUUGAAUACUGACCUAUCAGUCUCAGAAAAGGAUUCUGACUUUUUACAAAAUGACGAAAAAUAUCUCAUCAUUUUUGUAAAGAUCAACCUAUUUUAAGAUCCGUGGUCUACACGCCACCAUCUCUGGACGUUUCUUCUCGAAUCGCUCACGGACUCUCGCAAGAAGGCUACAAAAUCACCAAAUACUUUGUCCUGGAGCAAUUUUCCCUUCUUUGCGGCUAUUUGACCGGCGUCGGCGACAUUCAGGAGUUCUGCUGCUUCAGCUCGAUCUGUCUCAUCGUCGACUUUUAUAUGCAGGUAUACUCUUUUCCACAGACCGUCUGACCUGUCUGCGCUCUCUUUUCUCUCAACGAGGUCAGGAAAAAAAUAAUGAAAAUAGCAUUUAAAAUGAGAGACCGAGGGAAGAGAGAGGGAGCUCAGAGAAAUCAAAUCUUGACGGUUACAGGGAAAAUUUUUAGUGGUCACUUAAGAGGUUCUUCAAGGGCUACUUGGAGAGGAUACUAAAGUGGCCACUAGAAGCACCUCUUUGCGUCUUAGUGGCCACUGGGAGGAUUAAAACCACAUUGAUUUUUUGAAAGAGACUAAAUUUUAGCUUCUUAAGUGGCCACUGCCUUGACUACUAUAGUGCCCACUAAAACUUCCCAAUCCUUAAGUGGUCACUGAAAGUACCACUGAAAUUUUUCAACGAGUUGAAACAGUCUGACCUGUCUGCGCCCUCUUAUCCCUAAGUGAUAAUGUCGAAGGAUCAUGGAAAUAGCAUGUGAAAAUGAGAGAGAAUCACUUAGGAAAAAGAAAAAUCCGAAAUUUUGAAAAUUGCGGCUGUUACCACUACUGCUAUUGGCUCAAAGCGUUGCGGAUUCACUGCGUUUUUUUUUUCUAAUAUUGGUAUCUAAUUUUAGCUGCGUCCGACCUCGAGCGACUUUCUCUAAGUUCUAUAGGAUGCGAUCGGGCGUAGAAUUACGGUAGAGCCAAAGUGGGCUGGGAAAAAAAAAAAACCUGUUUAGAGCUCUUUUUGAAAGAAAUAUGGCAAAAAAUCGUUGAAUAUUUCUGGGAAUUCUUGAGUUUCGUUUUUUUAUUUUGAUAAACACUAAACUCGACCAGCUGAUGUCAUGAAUUUUUGAGUUAUCGAAGUUUUAAAAAAAUUCAUACUUUGCUCGAAAAAAAAAACCUAUUCAAAGUGGAUAAUCCAAUCAAAAAACUGUAAAUUAGCCUCCCAAUUUUUCAGCUCUUUUUCUAUGCCCCCUGCCUCACUUUCGACCUGCAACGGUUGGGAUUGGAGGAGAAACGGCGAUUUGCUGAAAUGCUCUUCUCUGCGGAAAUACCUCGCUUGAAAAAUUAUGCCCCGGUUAGGUACUGUAAAUAAGAGAUAAUGACUCGAUUUUCUAUAAUUUCAAGCUGUCCAAUGAGGAAAAUCUGGCCGACGCUGUUCGCCAUGAAAAAAAUCCAGAAACGCAGACUUUCCGAUUCUCAAAUCGAAGAGCGGGAGCUGAUUCCGGCUGGCAGGACUAGGAGGGGUAUUUUUUGAAUUUUGGUGCUACGAGAAGAGAGAGUUUUCCAUUUCCGAAGAUUACUGUAGACGGAAGUCCGCAUUCUGAGGCUUUGUGUGUUUGCACUUUUUUUUACUUUUCACUUUCAUUUUUGCAUUUUUAUUUAAAAUCUAUGGAAACGAAAAAAAAAUGGCAAAGAACUUCGCAUAAAUCAAGCAUACAUUGAAAAAUUGGAAUUAAGAAGUAUGUAGUCUGUUCCGAUUUUGAAUUUCAAGUACAACGACGUCACUAGAAAGCGCUUUAGGAUGGCUCGCUUCCUGAUUGGUUUAGCCAUCAGGGGCGGAGCUUGAGCGGCUACGACAUUUUGAAUCUGAACUGACUAUACGGGAAACUUGAAAAACAAAACGUGGAGAUGGACGUCACGCAAAAAAAGAUGCAAACUCACAAAAUAAACACGCUCGGAAUGCGGACUUCCACAUACAGUACCCUUCGAAAAUGGAAAACUCGCUACACCUGAUUCCUUGUGUAGCUUUCCCGUUAACAAGAUAUUAAGAGUACAAAAGGUCGUGCUCAACGACCGGACACCCUGAGUUUGAGAGCACCGAGCUCAAGUCGGUCAGCGACGAUUCCAAGAGCAAUCGCCUUCGUUUUCUGUAUUUUAUCACGCGAACGAGAAUCAUUCAGGUUUUCUUUUAGUGAAAAGGAUACGUUGAUGAAAAAGUUAUUUUCAUGCUAUUUUCAAACUGAAACUCAAAAAUUAUCUCUGACUUUCCAAAAUUUAGUUAUCUUUCUCACUUUCGAUGGCUAUUUUGAAUUUUGCGGAAUCUCUUUUAACAUGGAAUUAAAAUACAAUGAAUAGUACGUCAAAUGACGAAUUCAACGAAUUCUUUUAUCGCAAGACAACUUGAAAAUAGAACUUAUGAAGAAGAUGAAACGGGGAGUAAUGUUAAAAACCGAAAAUUUCCUGUAGUUUGCAACGGCGCGCACUUUCUUGGAAGUUGUGUAGAUUUACGGAGGGAAUCGAUUUUUUUUUUCUAAUUUUUUCCCUAUUUUCUGAUGAAGCUUACUGGGUCUCAUGACACCUUAUUUGAAUUAUAAUAAAUAUUUUCCAGCGAACAAUCAUGGUAGUUUUCGCGGUUUGGGUCUUCUGGUUGGCGUUUAUAGUUCGAUCGUGGCAAUAUCAGCCAACGAGCCUUGAGAGUGGGUUUUUGAAAGAAUUAUUUAUCGCAAUCUGAGUUUUCUCCUGAAAACCACCUGUCCAAUAUAAGAAGAUCAGUGAGAUCUGAAAUUUUUUUACUUUAAGAAGAGAAAAAUUCUGAUUUAAUGACGUAAUUUCGGUUAAUUUUUGAUGAAAAGUUCAUCUUAGAUUUAUUUUUCAUUUGAAAAAAGGUUUCGCAGGGUGAAAUUCUAAAAUUUUCUCGCUUUUUAGGAUCCAAUUUGGAGUAAAAAUGGCUUCACUUCUCUGAAAAAUUGACGUCACGUCGAAGGGAAAUGUGACGUCAUUUUCAUAGUUAUGACGUCAUUUUCAUGAAAAUUGUGACGUCAUUUUCAUAGUUGUGACGUCAUUCUCAUGAACUUAUGACGUCAUUUUCAUGAAAAUUAUGGUGUCAUUCUCUUGAAUUUAUGGCGUCAAUUUCAAAAAAACAUGACGUCCCUCUCAUAAAAUUAUGACGUCCCAGCGUAUAAAAAUUCUUGAAAAAUUCCCAGAAGCUUUCUCAAAAAUUUUUUUUUUCGUGAGUAGUAAAUGAGUCAUUUUGAGCUGAUAUCAUCUGAUUAUUUUCAUUUUAUGACGUCACAUGUAAACUUUUCCAGAUGAAACAACCACCGACGCGCUAGCAUUGCAUCGGCAACUCCAUAGAGCCAAUUUACAGUUUCUCGAUUGGCAGAAAAGAACUUAUAAAUGGUUUUUUUUGUUUGUUACGAAGCCAAUAUUUUUUCGAAAUUUAGGUGGCCAAUGCUGGCGGAUAACUACAAUAUCACUCUGCCGUCGCGUUAUCUGACUUUUUUGCCGCCGAUCGUCUUGAAGGCUCAGGUGGGUUUCAAUCCCUAAUGGAAAGAUGAAUGAGUAUUAAAUAAUUUGUUGAAAAAUCGUCAAUUUUUUUUUGAAUUUAGGUCUCACCAACGGACCAGCUGAUGGAAAGAAUAAAGCCAGUUCAUUCAAAAAUUGAUGAAAAAUCUUCAGAAACGCCAGUUUUGAGGUUUGAGAGUUUAAAAGCUACAAUAACGAAAAGAAAACUUUGGAAAGUCUGUGAAAAAAUUUUUUAAAGUCAGUCAAAAAAAAAUCCAUAAGUUUUCACGUCGACAUUAAAGUAGUUCAACGCGUAAGGCUUAUGUUCCAAAUAAAAGAUCAUUUUUAAAUGCACCCGACUGAAAACGGUUUGCGCUUAGUACCAUUGAAAAGUUCAGGUUACUUUUAGCCGACAAGUUUUUCAAAUUUAGCGAUCCUCACGCGUUGAGCCAUUCCAAAUGCCGUCCCACUUCAUAAAAAUUCACUUUACUGUAAUGGCCUCAUGCGUCGCGGUUAACUCGUAAAGUCCCAGUUUCGAAGGAAAUAAGAUCAUUUUUAAAUGCACCCGACUGUGAACGGUUUGCGCUUAGCACCAUUAAAUCGGAUUUCUUUUAACCGCCUUAAAGUAGUCAGACUUACUGGACAAAAAAGUCUCAGUCUCUUUUCAGUCUCACUUCAAGCCAUUCCAAAUGCGGUCAUCUUUUUUACAAUUCAAACUUUUUUUGGAGACUAAAGAAGUUGGCAUUAAAAUUAUGUUGUAUAAAUCUUCAUUUUCGGGUUUUUAAGGAGCAGAGAGAAAUCUGAGAGAACGCUUUUUCUGUAAUUUUUGGGUUUUCAAGGCUUUCUUCUCCUCUGAUUUAGUAAAAUACUAUUUUUAGAUCCAAGAUCGAUUGGCUGGAAAUGCGACUGACAAUGUAUUUGGCGGCUUUUUGGAUCCUUUUGCUCUUCACCGUUGGAAUGUUCUUUGCCUACGUCUGCUUCCGCGAUCGGUGGAAGUUUGGAGCUGGCCGGGUUCAGGUGAAACGGGAAAGAUAUACGUGUGUAAAAGGGCGCGGAACACGGGGAAAAACAGCCGCGAAAAAUGAAAAUUCUCUUGUUUAAAGGCGCUCCAUGGCUCUUCUUUUUCUAAUUUUUCACAUACGCUGACAUAUGGCUCCUAAAGGUCUCCACAAAAUUUUCUCUGACACACGCUAUUUCGUCGUUAUCUAGCUGCGAGAAAAGGAAGAAAUACUGUGGGUUAGAGAAAAAGUUUUGGCGAUCUUUAGGCCUCGAAACGGAUACAGGACGUUUCCGAUCUAGUGAUCCCUUUAGCGACCUCUGAACGCUAAAGUGAUCUCUUCAAAUGCUCAAAAACAUCCGUUUUGCGUUACCGAGGGCCAGUGAAUUUUUCAGAAGACUUUUUUGGAGAAAAGGACGUCGAAGAAGACAUUUUCCAGCGGAAAAUCACUUUUUUAAUAUUACGCAACGAGUCAAACUUUGUCAAAGUGUUUGCUUUUCAAUCAAAAAAAAAAGAUAUUUUUCACUACUUUUUUUUGAAAAAAGUCAUGUUUUUCGAGAAUGUGACGUCGAAAAAGAAGUUUAAAAUACUUGAUGAAUCAACUACAAAAAUUUUUAGACCAAUAAGAUUCAACAAACAAGAAGAAAAAUUUUUGCAGGAAGCGACAGUUUCCAACAAGCAUCAAGAAGGCGGCAACGCCAAUAACAAAUCUUUUGUUGAAUCGGUUCCUUAUCCCCGUUUCCAGCUUUCAAAGAAGAAAAAAAAAAUUCAGCUACCAAUCGUAUUUUCCGGUCAUCGAUUCCCAAUCGAAACGGUGGGAAUCGAUAAGCGAAGUAGCUCGAAAAUAUUCAUCUCUUGCUGUCAGGAAGGCCGGGUUUUCGUCUGGAAUGGAUCCACUGGUGGGUUUCCUUGGAAUCAAGCUUUGUAUGCUUGGUAAAAGGCAAAAAAAUUGACCUUUUAGUAGAUAGAAAAAGUCGCAGUAACUAGGAAAAAAGUUUGGUUUCGAAAAAAGUAUUUGAUUUUUCAAGUAGGAGCAAGACGACCUGAAAAAAGUUGCUCCUGAAGCUUCUCUGAAUGGGAUUACGUUGAAAAUAAUUUUUUAACAAGGGAAAGAAGGCUUCCAAAACGAAGAAGAGCAGUCAUUUUAAGAGAAGCGACCGUUUGCAAGUCGAAAAGCUCGCUUGAAAAGUUAGAGAAGUUUGCUUUCAAAAUAGGCUUUUCGCAUCAUAGGCAGAGUCGGAAAGGGUCCAUAGAAAUGUUCCUUUUAGGAUGACAAAGGCUCCUUUUUUGUCGCCUUUUUGCCCCUGUUUCUCGGCCCUUAUGCACCAUUUUUGAAGCCUCUAACUUUUUCCACCAAUUCUUGACUCUUUAAAUUUACAGAAAAAAAAAUGGCUUUUUGCUUCCUUGCUGCGGCCUUUUUUGAGCCUCUCCCCUUUAGUGGCCAUUAUCCAGCGUUUCAACUUUGAUCAAGACUGUCCAAGUUUUGAAUGUCAAGUACAAUGGCGUCACUGAAAAAAUUCUCUGCGGAUGGCUCGCUCUGAUUUGUUUAUCGCAAUAUUAGGGGCGGAGCUUGAGCGACGGCUUGACAUUCAAAAUCUGAACAGACUAUAUUUUAAUCUUCGGAAGGAACUGUUCCUUUAAGAAGUCAACGAAUAGCCUCAAAGAGGAGCAUUAGCUGGAACGAUUAGCAAAUUAAAAAAAAAGUACUUUUUUGAGACGUUAAGGGAGCAUAAGAAAGGUUUUUUCAAAAAUUGUAUUUUAUUCCCAUUUCUGGGUAGUAUGAAAUCCUCCUCAUUACUGAUCAUUUUGUGAAUGAAUUUAUCAAAAAUUGCCUGAUUUUUCUUCUAUUUUUUCUGCAGGAGAGCUCGUGAAACGGCUGAGUCGUCUUCGAGUCGUCCCAGACGCCCAAGCCGAGCCUCCGACCCCGCCACGAGUCUGGACUCUAGCCUUACAGUAAUCCUUGUUUUAUGUCCCUUUUUCACGAUUUGAAAGGAAGAGGCCUUUUUGAGUCCGCUCAUGUUGACGGGCUAUUCUCAUUUUUUUUCAGAAACGAAAUCGCCAUUCUGGGAUGUGCCGACGGAAGUGUCGAGAUCGCCAGCAUCGACAGGAAUAAACUGAUCGGCGUUUUUGUUCAGUCGCCAGUUGGCAUUACUCAUGUUGAGGUACACACUUUGAACCAUACUCGGGCUAGUUAAAGUCAUAAAGGAAAUAAAAAAGAUCCAUUUUCUUGACUAUGCCUUUUUCAUGCUGUUCAUUGAUGUCUUCUCGGUUACAGAUGUUCGAAAAUCGGGUGAUUUUGGCCCGUCUUGAUGGCAGCAUCGAGUUUUUGGACGUUUCUUACGAGGUAGAGCAGUUUUUUGUUUGUUAUAUAAGUUUUCAAACACUGAAAUCACCUCCCAUUGUUAGGGAAUUAAUGCGUUUGGAAGUUAUUAAAAAGGUUUUCAUCAUUGAAAUUCAGUGUUGUUGAAAAUUUAGUUCUUUUUUUCGAGUUCAGAUCACGUUUUUUUGAAUGAAUCCUCGAACUUCCAAGUCUUUUUGCAAUAACACUUGAAUACAAAAAAAGCGGAAAAAAAAAUCCCCGUGACAUUUUCGCGUGCCUGCGUCUCUCUGUUCCCUCGCCGGUGAGGUCAGAGAAGCAUAAAAAUAGCACGUCAACAUGAGAGAGUCGCCGAGAGACGAGGAGGGCGCAGAGAAGUCCCUUAAAAGUCCCGAGAAACAAGAUCAUUUUUCUCUCCUCCCUCAUUUCAAAAUCUAGGACUCACAACCCCUCCGCGUAAAGAAAAUCAACGUGAUCCGGACUGUGAGAGCCCACCAGAAGCCAGUCUGUCGGAUGAUCACCUACAACGCGCAGCUGAUCACGUCUUCCUUCGACAGAACCAUCAAGAUUUUCGAUCUGAAGACGACCGAACUCGUCAACGUCCUUUUGGCUCACAACAGCGGCGUUCUCGACUUGGCUGUGGAUACCGAUGAAAACGUAAAAAUAACCAAUAAAACUCGAAAAAGACGAGUUUCUAGGUUCUAUUCUCGUCGUGUGAAGACGGCGUGGUCUGCUGGUGGGACCUGGUCACCGGAAAGCUUAUUCGCUCCAUCGACAAUAAUUAUGCGGGUUAGUCUGAAACUGGUAAUGGAACUUAGGAACGCCAGAGUGGUCUCUAGAGGGGCAACCUAAAAGCACUUGAAGAGCCCCUCUAGGGACCACCUUAUUUCCGGUGGUAUGAAAAUAAUCCCUGCCAUCUCCUACGGUACCGAAGUUUGACCAGACUCGAAAAAAAAUGCAACCGCCCUACAAACUUCCUACUGCGCACUGGAACGUGCUCUCAUCGGCACCCCAAGCAGUGGGAAAAAGAACAGAGCACAGACCUCCGUCAACUGUCCCAAAUCCGGGAUCUAGAAGAGCACAUACAGCGCGGGGAACAUCGUUGGGGCGGCCACGUCAUCCGCAGAUUCCACUGGAUUCCGAGAAACAUAAAGCGCCCACCGACCAGAUGGACGGACUACUUCCGCAAGAACAUCAGUCAGCCAGGCCGCCACUGGAUGAUCGUCGCGCAAGACCGAGCCGCCUGGAGAACGUGUGGUCCACGCUGAGAACACUAUCAACAAGUCGCCGUUUGAAUUUUCACUGUUUUUUUCAUACCACUUGCCACUUUGAUGGUCCAUCUUCGCUGAUGUUCUCAGCGUGGACCGAAAAUUAGGAGGGAAAAAGUCGGAAAGUUCCCUAACGAAAAAAUCGAAGAAGUCGCCGUUUGAAUUUUCGCUGGUCUUUUUUUCAUACCACCUUAUUUCCACUAAAAGUGGUCCCUAUGGGGGUUUAGUUAGUCAUGGAGUGAAAUUUGUUGAUGAUACCUGGUUAGGUGUAAUAAGAGGUCGAGUUGAUCAGUGAGUGGCGUCGUCGGCGGCCUGACGACGUCGGAUGCGGUGAGGAGAAGGCGGGAGCGGCGGUGCGGUCGUGAUUAUUAAAUUGAUGAUCAGUGGAAUUAGACCCUUAUAUAGUGGUCUAAUCUUCCACGUGAUCUAUUUCUCAGUCACGCCUCAUUUACAUUCUCAACAAUGAUACAUUUCUUUCAAAAUUUGUCCAGUGGAGCGCAAAUCCUCUUUAAAUUCGAUUAACUUUUUUCAAGAAAUCCCCCUUUGUCCCUAUUUUAAACAUGAGAAAUUGUAUUAAGGGUAUUAUAAAGCAAUUAUCGAAUAAUUUCCCAAGCCAACGAUGAAUAAACUAUCGAAGUAACGUUAGAGCGCACUUGGUUUGAUAAGUUUAGGAAAAACACUUUUUUUUCCAAAAAAAAGAGGUUUCACAAGCUCAAACGUCUUGUUCUUCAGGAACAUGCCAAAUCGCCUUGACAUCCUCAUAUCUGCUCGGGUUUUAUGGAAACGCCCAAUUGUACCUUUGGUCCCGCCCCAACGGACAACUCGCCUCGAGGAUCGCCGAGGCUACAAAUUCUGGAUUUGUUCGUUAGUUCCUCUUCAAGAGGGAUCAUUUGAGUACCUUCAAAGUCUUUACAGUACUAUUUAGAAAAGAAUCAAAUCCUCCAAUUAUGCUCAGUGAUUCUUUCUUUUUGCCUCAGUCAUAUAGUUAUCACUUUAGUGUUUUCGAGACCUUCACUAUGCUCUUCUGAAACAUCCCAACGUUCUAGUUUGUCUUGGUGAUUGUUUGAUUUUAAGUGAGCCGUUGAGUGAUUACUGAUUACUAUAGGGAUGUUUAUAUUUCUUUUACUCUCUUUUGAAAAGAUCUCAACAUUUCCGUUUCUCUCAGUGGUUUUUAUGAACGGACGGAGCAGUUAAGUGAUGUCUUGAAUAGUUUUAAGAUUUGCAUUAUUCUUUUUCGAAGAAAACCCAUCCCUUACAGUUUUACUUUUUUUUUAAAUUAUAACCGAGACGUUAAGGGGUCGCUCAAGAGGUGUUAGAUCCCCUUGAAAAACAGCUUUUCCUCGCUUUUCUGAGCUUUUUUCUCAAGCUUUUUUUUCAAUUUUUCAGGGCGACGAGUCGAUGUCGGGCUGUGGGAUCGUGGCGUUGGACGAGAACAUUGCGGCUACAAUUUCCGGAACAAAUGUCACUUUUUGGGACAUUGCCCAUAGAGCAAUCUUGCGGCAGGUGGGGAAACAGCCUUUUUUAUCGUACUAGGAUCAUUUUCGUGAAAAAUCACUGCGCCUUUAAGUUUUGACUCAAGCAAAAAGUGAAUAAAGACUUUUAACUUUAGAGGUCUCAUAUGGAAUAUUCACCAUAUGGUCACAGUAAUCGAAAAUAUUUGAAAAGUUCAUUAAAAUUCAAUUUUUCAUCUUUGAUCUAUUGAAAAACCCCUUUUUUCACGUGACCCCUGCGUGGUAUAUUUACCUAAAAUCUUACCAUUUGUUUUCUUUUGGCCCCCUUGAAGGCUCGAAAAGUUUUUCGAACCUAAAAAUGGCUUUUCCAGGUUGAUAUCGGUUGUACAAUCGGCUCAAUUCGAAAAUUGGACGAGAAAAGCGUUCUUUGUUUGGCUUCCAAUACAAUGUUCGCAGUAAAUGUCCCAGUGGCUCGCAUUAAAUGAAAAUCGUUCAUUCAUAAUCGUUUUCUGUGGUUUUUGAAAGGGCAGGGACAUCUUGAAUGGCUAUUCCCUUCAAGACCUAUGCUCCUUUAAAAAUUCCAUAAAUUUUUGCCUAGACCAUUAAUUUAGUAUGCCCAACACUGUUCAUAAACUGCUUAUUGAUCACUAAAAAUGUUUUUCGCUCUGAGACCUUUAUCGAAUUCUUUCAUGCUCCUUUAAACAAUUUUCUCUAUUUUUAGAUUUCUAUUCCUUGUGUAAAUUUCUCUUGUGCCUUUUUGCCUCCGUGUGCCAUAUUUUCGCUCAUCUUGCUCAAAAAUUCACUUGCUAACACGUUUCCUCAGGUUUCACCUUUCCAAUAAAAUAUUUCCAUUUUUUUCUUCUUUUUGUCUUUUCUGGUUGGUUUUGAACCAUUUUUGCAUACCUUUUGUUUUUUUUUCCUGAAAAAUGAUGAUUCAUGAGUUUUCUUAACUUGGUUGCUUUUGUUUAGCGAAAGCAAGGUUUCGAGCGGCAUUGAAAGGUUCAAAAUUCCAUUUUUCUCGAUUUUUCUUUUCGAGUUUCUCAAAUAACUUGAAAUUUUAUGAAAUCGAUCAAUUGAAACCUGUUUUUCAAAGUACUUUUGAACCUUUUUUAACCUUUGUCGAAAUAUUUGCUACUGAACCAUUUCAAACUUAAAAUUUUUGAAUUUCAAAACACACGCUGGAAAAAAAAGGAAAUAUCCAAAUAGUAAACUUAUUUUCUUCGAUAAAAAAAAACCAGAAUGCCGAAAAGUAGCAAAAAUCCCUUGUAAAAUGGCGAAAAUGCGAAUUCCCAGCUCCUGUGUCGAUUUACUAUUUUUGACGACCAGAGUACGUAGCACAGACGCACUUUUGCAUACUCUACAUUCGAAAAAAAUUUUCAUUUGUUUGCUUUCUUUGUAUGAUUUCUUCUUGCUUCUUAUGAUAAAUUACUUGUGGAAAUGACAAAAUGCAAAUCAUUGGCUCCUGUGUCGAUUUUUUUUGAUCUAUUUGAUGAUAUUUAUGAGAUUCUAUCGAGAAGAAUUUUUUUUUCCGCUUUUUUUCAUUUUUACAAUUUCAAAAAUUUUUCUAGCAUAAUGUCGGAUACAACCUAUCCAUUCUCCGAAUUCUUACGUCAACACAAAGAUCAGUUGAACGCGAGUGGCGUUCCACCAGAACUCUGGAACGGCCUCUACAAAAAGCUUCUCAAGGAGGUUUGGACAGGAAUUUUCGGAGGAAAUUUUAAAUUUAAAUUUAGAUUUUUGACGCCGGGGAUCACUUCCAAGUGCUCUGUGAAAUGGGCGACGACGGCAGGAAGCAGUGCAAAGUUUACGCCUUGGACGAGAUGCACAACGUCGACGAGGACAAGUUAGUAUUAUUUAUAUUUUUUUGAGUAAUAUCAAUUUUAUUUCUUGAAAGUAAUCUGUAAUAGGAAUAUAUCUGUCAAAAUCAAGUUUUAAAUCAAACUUCAUGCAGUUUUUAGACAGGAAAUUGCCAAAUUUUGCUCCUUUUUUUCGAAUUUUCUUGAAAUUUCGGGAAUAUACUUUUUAUCUAUUCUUCCUGUAUAAAAAUUUCCAUCUCGGAGUUUCAUGAUUUAGUCAAAAUCCCGCGUAAAUUGGUUGAAAAGUUGAAAUUUUUUUUAUAUUUUUGAUGUUGUGAGUGUAUUUUUUUGUUUUUAAAAACCGUUACGGAUAUUUUCAAGGCGGUCGAAAAAUUGAAUAAACUUGAAAGUUCUCCUGAAAAGCUGUUCGCCACGAAACCGUAAUGAAAAAGUUUUCUAUGCUGCUAUAAAAAAAUAUUGAAAUUAUUUUUGAACAAGGAUUAACAUAAUCUACCAUUGAAAAAAAAUUCUUGAUGCCGAAAUAUCUCAAACUUCAGACUGUGACCUCAUUGAAGAUCUCGUUUCAAUUUCAUUAAAAAUUGCCUUACAGCAUUUUCCUCAUCGACCACAUGUGGACGUUCCGAGCCCACGAGGCUCGAGAAGACCUGGAAAAUCGUCCUCCUGGCCUCCUCCAAAGAAUUCGGAAUCUGUGGACCGUCGAGAAGGACGACGGCACCGACGGCGAAGAAUCCGCCGAGGAACUCGUCUGUCGUGGCGACGACGGCAGCACUCGGCCCAAGGGAGAGGGAUCGGACGACGGAAGUCGGCCUGGUGAGAUCUGACGUGUCGACUUAUUCACGGCUAGCCUGAGAGGCGUGACCUGUCUCUGCCCUCCACCAACCUGUCACUGUCUCUUUCACUAUCGUGUCAGGACCUUUUUUUCGAUGGCUUAAGCCAGCCGUGAAAUAGCUAUAUGACGGGAUUUCUUUUUCUGGCUGUUUUCAAUUAAAUUCUUCCCCAGGCGGGACCGAAACCUCCACUUUUACCAUGUGACGUCAUGAAACACAAACUCAACAAAAAAAAACUUAAAGGCGCAUGCGACAGUAACUCCAUGGGUCAUGGGACGAACCGAUUUCUAACUAAAUGACGCAAUUUUCUGUGCUAGAGCGCCGCAGUGCAUGCACCCGACACACUGUACUUUACGAAGAAAAAAAAUUGGCGGUGCGUCGUUAAAAAAAACGCCGUGUCUUCUUGAAGACUUCCGAAGUAGAAAAUGAAGAAGGCCUGAAACUCGGUUUCAGGAACUCCCGGAGCCGAAAAGCCGUCUCCCAACGACGUCGACGAUGCCCUGAAAAUGGUCUGGAAGUACGCCCAGACCUACUCGAUUCGCUUCGAAGUACGUAGAGUUCUUUGGAAAGCUUUAUUCCACCAACGUUCCCAGGGAGAUCGAGAAGCCCAACCGACUUGGUACUUGAUGGACGAGUUUGGGAUCUCCAUCGACCAUUCCUUGACGCCCAACGCUAGAGUCGUUCCCUUUUUCUGCGUUCCAGCCGGCUUCAGCUACAGUGUCUUGUUCUUGACAGCUCCUGUCAAGGAAAAUGGUGAAUAUCGGUUGAAAUAGUGGUACCCUCUAACGACAACUUCCCCAAUCCCUAUAGUGGCCACUAAAGCUUGCAAAAGUGGUUCCUAUAGGAAAUUUAGUUAGGGUCCCCUAUAGUCACAUGCUAAUGAAUGAAUGUUCUGAAUAAUUAGGCGUAUUUUUCUAAGGAAAUCGGAAGACUCCUGGAGGGCCCAUUUUAGCUUCAAUAACCCCUUUAGGGACCACUUUUUUGGCCCCUGUAGGGGCUCUUUUCCAUCCUAACCCCUAUAGGGAUCACUCUGAAAUUCUUAAGUUAUGAGAAAUUUGAAUUGCCGCCAGAAGGGCAUUUUAGAGAAAAGUUGCCCUGUGGAAAAGAAGCGUUGUCAUUUUUCGAUUAUAUUCUUUCUGUUGAUCUCCUAAAAAUCUUCGAGAAAACCAAUAAAUGUUUUUUAUGAGUAUUAGAUUACGGUAAGCAGCUCGGUGUACACCGAUAUUCCGCUGUCUUGGUGGGAAAUAAACUUGUGUUUUUUUGUGGUUUCCAUUGAUCUUUCAUCCAUUUGUUUUUUCUUUUCUUUAUUCCUGUCGCCUUUCAACUUUUUUAUCCAUAAAUUCAUUGCGCUUAGUUGCUGAAAGAUUUUUGAACUGAAAGCGAGAUUCUGAAGUUCCCUCUCUGACCAUUAAUUUAGAAAUUCCCAUUCUCAUUCAAUUUUUUCACCCUACAACUCCAAGUAACAUUCAGAAGAAAUCACGCGCAACUUCGCCGAAGGAGCUCUUCUGAAGAGCCACCCUGAUUGGGCCGAUUAUCUUCAGCUUCCUUGGGUCGAGAAGGACUUCUCCGCGGAGUCUGACAAGCAUCCGAAGCCGUCCGACGAGUACUUUCUGGUAUUCUGAAGGGUCUUCUCAGGUUCAAAUGAGUUGAAUGUAGUCUGGUCGGACCCCUGACGAAGUGCCGACGGCGGAGCAGCAGGCGACCGCCGUUUCCGCCAUCUCCGCUUCUCUCCCGACGGUCAAGCAGCGAUCCGUCAGGAUUUACUGUCCGGAAUCUCAGGUUUGUACUAACUAACACUGCCGAAGUCGGAAGUGCGGAAAAAGGGUGCAAAAUGGUCGCUAAAAGAGUUCCGUUUUGCGGCCUUUAUUGAGCCUUUCUUUCUUGGUUCGGCUAAACAGCUUUAAAAACGGUGAAAAAAGGAUGCUGAAAGUUUUGACCAUGGGUGAUUUCCGAUUGUAUUACUGUAGCACCUUUUAGUGCAUAUACAGUCACUAAUAAAUAUUAUUCUCAAUUUAGAAAUGUUUUCUCAAAAGGGUCCAAAAAGGGUGAAUGAAGGCGAAAAAAGGCAGUAAAAAGGAAACCGUUUCCACCCGUUUAGGAACCAGUCUUGGAAACCUUUUGCACCCAUAGGUCCGUUAAGGCUUCUUCCGAUUUUUUCUAGGAAACGAAGAAGUAUUGGAUCGAAUUUACAGAUGCAACUGCCAAGUCAAUUGAAACGAAAAUUCGAGAAAGUCGACUCGCCCUUGAAAGCCGACGUCGUCUGGACUUCGGAUCAUUACCACGACUACGCGUUGGUUUUUUUUUUCUGAUAUAGGGUUUUCCUUGGAAAUAGCAAGCUCAUGUAUGAACUUUGGCAUGAUUUGGCAGAUUAAUAAGACACUCUUUAUCCACAGAAAAAAAAGACAAAAACUGGGGUCAAGAAUACUCAAAGAAUUAGUCCAGGGCAGGCUAGAUGGCCUAACUAAAACAUGAAAUUUCUUACAAAACUCGUUUAGAAACCCCUCCGAGCCAUAAGAUUUAUUAAAUAGAAUCUGUUUCAAACGUCCUUUUGAGAAAAUGAGAGCUCAAAACUCGCAAAUAGCCUUUAUUAGCAGAUUUUAAGGGUUUUCUUCGACUUUUCUCUGGGAAGUUUUGUGUCCAUCAAAGAAUUCUUUAACCAAUUUUUUGAAAAGUUCCUGACUCAUCCCAGCCUUUUGCGGUCGAAAAAAUACUUUGAAAAUGAACCGAACCCCGUGGUGGGAUCCAGCCGACGUAUGUCCUGACCACAAAGUGAAAUGACUUUCAUUGUCAAGAAAGUAGUCAUGACUUUAAUUUAGCAAAACAUGGGAAAAGGUUCUGAAUCAUUGCGUAUGAUCUUAGGAAGUUCGCCGAUGAGAACCCCUGCGGCCUGGUCAAUCAGUUCCCCUACGAAUCGACUUUGACGGUCAAAGAUUUGCUCGCGUCGGUGGCAAUGAAUGAAUACGACACGAAGAAGAUUGACUGGUACCCGGUGGGUUUGAUGGAAGAUGAACAAAAGUUUGUACGAUUCUUGUUUUCACUUAGAAUAUUUGAUUAACUGACCUUAAAAGAGCCUGAAUUUCAAUCUUUAUAGUUUGAUCCCAACUUUAAUAAUAAUAAUUUACUCACUCACAAAGUGAAAAGAAUAAAUAAGGUUAAGAACCGGUUUUAGGUCACCCUCACGAGUGACUUCACCGGAUAGGGAAUUUAUUGAAAGUUUGGUUGAGAAGUCACUUUAGGGAUUUUGAAUGAAGUUGUUUUUUUUUUCAGUUCUCUUGUUAUCUUUGAUCUGAAUGCAGGAUUAUUAAAAAAUGUUUUUUGUUAUAAAAAUAUUUAAUCCCCUUUCUGAAUCCAUUUUUCAGCUCACCUACAAUCUCAACACCGAACUUCCGCAAUUCGUGGCCCAUUUCCAGAAGCGACAAAAGAGGUUUUAGAAGCAUUUUAUUCAAACCUCACAAAAUGAAUUUCAAGCGGCCAAAGCAACAUUUGGAUCAUCAAACCGUGGAAUUUGGCCCGAGGCAUGGAUAUUCAUGUGACGGACGAUAUCGGAAAGAUUGUACGACUUGUCGAGUCGGGCCCGAAGGUAUGGGAGGAAAAAGGAGUUGUUUUAAAAAAAUUUAUCACGGGGAAAAAAGGGGCGGGGUCUUUUCAGGCUUCUCUAAAAAUUAUUUGUUCAAAAAAGCUUUGAGGGUCCGAGAAUCGAUUCGCAUAACUAUCCUAACAAAAAAACUGACUUCAAAGUUUUUUUAUAAAAAUAUGCACCAAAAAAACGAGCUAUGUCGCAGGGGGAGCGAUAUCGCGGAAAAUCUGCGGUAUCGCGUUCCAAAAAUAUUUUUUCCACUUUGCUUUUUUUUUUCUCUGUUUUGAUUCGUUCCAUUUUAGAAAGCUAAAAAAGAGCAAAAAAAAAAUGAGCUAUGUCGUAGGGGAGCGAUAUCGCGAACAAUUUGCGUUAUCGCGUUCCAAAAAUAUUUUUUCCUCUUUGCUUUUUUUUCUUUGUUUUGAUUCGUUUCAUCAUAGAGGGCUGAAAGAAGCAAGAAAAAAAAAAUGUUUUUGGAAUUUUAAAUGUAUAAGGAAGAGCGAAAUUGCAGCGAGACACUGAAAAUUUGGCUAUAUCAUCUUUGAAAAAAUUUGGGCUAUAUCGCCUGCGAUAUAGUCAGGUAUGUUGGGUGUACGACUUUUCGGAGCCUUUCAACACUAUCCCGCCAAAGAAAUCUUCAAAAAAAUGACAAAAAAAAAAGUUAGCGGCAAGAGGAUUCGAACUUUCAUCAUGGGCUCCGCGGCUAUCGCGUUAGCCAGUGCACCAAUCUGAUUUUUCAAGUCAAAUUUUAGGAAAUUCAGAAGUUUUUAGAUCGCCUGCGAGUACAUCUCCCGCCCGUUGCUGUUCCCUCGGCCAGACAUCAAGAAAAACGUCAAAUUCGACCUCCGGUUCAUCCUUUUCGUCCGCCAACUUCGCCCGGUCAUUGCCUUCACCUACAACAAGUUAUGGAUCCGAUUCUCUUUGAAGUAAGUUGAGAAACUUUUAUUCGGAAAAGAAAUAAAUCAGGGAGUUCAACUUGUCGCAGUUGGACUGCACCCGGACCCAUACUACCGUCUUCAACUACAGCGGCAAUGGGGAUCAAGUCUUCAAUGUGAGUGAAUCAGUCUUGUUUUCCCGAAAGGGUUACUGUAGGAUCCGCCUCAAGACCAUUUUUCGGGUGGAAAAUUCCAAAACCAAUCAUGGAUCUCUUAACUUUUAAGAGAAUGGAGUUCUAGUAGAAAAAAAAAAUAGAACUUUGAUGCGUUGAAUUUUAUCUCUCUAAUUAUUUUUAUGCUCUCGAGCGCGAACCGCUUUUAGUCGGGCGCGUCUAGAAACAACCUCUAGAGAUGCGCGAAUAUUUUCCCCAAGGUGAAGAAUUUAGUUUUUCUUAAAUAAUUCGCCAAAUUUCUGAAGCUUCAACAUAAACUGAUGGGAAAAGCUGGCAAAAAAUAACUUCACAGAAAAAAAAUAUCGAGAAGAUUCUAUUUUUUGGGAUCUACCGUUCAAAAAGUUGAACUUGGCUUUUAUAACCCAGGAAAAAAUUUCAGAUGCACUGCGAGGAAUUCAUACAAACUAUGGAAACGGCCUAUCCGAACUUGAAAUGGCCGACGGUCGAGCAGAAGGUUCAGAAGAUGUUCCGUGAGAUGCUGGAGCUCGUUUCGAAGUAAAAUAACAAUUAAUAAAAUGUUUAUGCAUUAAAAAAAGGAAAAAAUGGAUGAAGGCUCUCUCUUCUUUUUUUUCCCCCAAACUUUCGAAGAACUUUUAAAAAAAACUUCAAAGAUGAUGAAAAGUGCACUUUUUCCAGGAACGAUCCUCCUAAAGGCGUCGCGCCAAAUGCGCAGUCGCGAGCAAUGUAUGGCUGUGAUGUAAUGCUCGAAUCGGAUGAUAACGGUUCGUUUUCACUGUUUUGUUGAAUGAGUAAGAUGAACACAACUUGAAGCAAAUUUCUUAAAUGGAAAACUACUUGGGGCUUUUAAAAUGUGACAUUUGUAUAUAAACUCACAAUGUCAACGAUGAUUUAAACAAACGUAGAAAAGAAGCUUUCUGUAUUUUUUUCAGUAAGAAAUUUCGAACUUUUGAAACUAGAAAUUCGAAGAAAUGAAAGUUUUUCGUUGUUUGAUGAGUUCAAGCCCCUUUUCUUGAAGGAGAUCGCAACUUUAAUAAUGGUAUUGAGGGGAAGAGCCGUACUCAGCUUUUAGCUAUUCAGGACUUUCACGCUUUAAGCUAUUUAUAUUGUAGCUGAAACAAUUUUCAACUAGUUUUUAGGGCUUUUAAUGGAUCACAGUAAGUUUAAUGAAGGUCUCGAGGCGAAAAGUCAUUUUAGGUCACCCCUAACUUCUGCGCCUUUAAGUAAUGGGUUUUUUCUCAAAGCAAUUUUUAAUGAAUUAUCUAGGGUGUUAAAAGAGCAUAGUGAGUUUAAUAAAGGUCUCGAGGCGAAGAGCCGAUUAAAGUGCUAUAAUAAGUCAUGUACAAAUUUUAGUAGUUGAAUUUUUGAAAAAUCUUUUUUUCAUGCUCCACUCCAAGCUUAUAUAAACCUUCCAGCCGCUUCUUAUUUUCAGGAGAGGUGCAUCCGAAGUUGCUCGAGUGCAACUUUAUGCCCGACUGCAACCGCGCCUGUCAGUACUAUCCAGAUUUCGCCGACACCGCCUUCAAUACCUUGUUCUUCGACGAAAUUGACCCGUCCAAAGUCACCGCCAUUUAA